UUCAUUGACAUCGACAUAACUCCUCCCUCCAGCACCACCAUCAUCGUUUCCUUUUCACUGCAGGACUUGCUUUCCGUAAACACUGACAGUGGGGGUUUUAUGUCAGACAAACUCAUGACUUGUGUUAUAAUAACUGGAUUUGGAGUCGUCUUAUAGUUAAGAGACAUUCAUUCUGCUCUUCUGACUAAAUCAGUCAUUACUGGGGCAGAGAGACCAUGUGGGAGUCACAUGCACGCAGAAGAUGAGCAGUAAACAGAUGACAGGAGCUCAGGCCACACUAUGAACAGCACCACACAGCCCCCUCACACUAUCAACGGAGAUGUGGCCGUCAGCUACGUGCUGGUCCCCUUCUUCCUCAUCACUGUGAUUGGGAUCGUCACAGCAGUGGUGAUGUACAUAAGGAGGAAACAGAGGAUUGAUAGACUGCGGCAUCAGCUGCUUCCAGUCUACACUUAUGACCCAACUGAAGAGCUGAACGAGGCAGAACAGGAAAUUCUUUGGAAAGAGGAAGACACAAAGGUGGUCCAGGGUUGGAUGAGGACCUAUCAACAGCGCAGACCCUUGCUUUCAAGGGAUCCUGAUGCAUGAAAAUAAAGGUUUGCCAAAAAAAACCUACUUUACAUUUUGGUGAUUCUUCACACAAUCGCUGAACCUGGUCAAUAGUCACUUCAUAUGUUGCCUCAUUGUCCUGUAUUGCAGAUUCACAAGAUGGACAAUUUUGAGCAAUAAGCUACUGAUUUUUCCAUGGCAGUUUGAAGCGAUGAGCUUAGAAGAGCUUUAGUGAAAUGAGAAAUGACUCAAGUGUUGGGAUCAUACUUGUUCACCUCAGGUCUCCUCUUGUAAAUAUAUUCCAUUUAAAGUGCAGCUUUGCUGUUUGAAUAGUAAGACUCAAGAAGGAGGUUAAUUUGCCACUGUACAAUUUAUUUAUUUAUUUUAGUUGUAUGUAUUUUACUGAUGUUCUGUGCUAUUAAAUCCUUGUGAGAGCUGUUCAUUUUACUGAGUAUGCAUGAAAUGUGAUUGCUCACUGUGAGUAAACCAAGACCAAACAAGGUCAUCGUGCUAAACCAUCACAGCACUCAAGAAACUGUUUUUUAUUCUCCAAGAAAACUAGUUCGUCAAGAGAAUCACCUUGUUCAAAGCAUGUUGCCGUCAUUUGUUUCAUUAUGCUGGACGCAAUCAUGCUCAGGUCAAUUCAUGAAAACUCUGCGUUAGAUUUGAACUAACCAGAAUGUGGAAGUGCUAAAUUAAGUAGUUAAAGACAGACCCCGAAAUAAACAUUGUCAUCAUUUACUCACCUUCAUGUUGUUCUAAAUCUGUAUCUACUUCUUUCUACUGUGGACUACAAGAGAAGAUAUUUUGAAGAAUGUUGGAGUCCAAACAACAUUGGACCCCAAUGAAUUUCAUUGUAUGGACAAAAAAAAAAAAAAAAAAAAUUAUUAAUGGAACUUUUUUUUUUCUUCUUUUUUUUUUCAAAAUGCCUUUAGUUUGUCAUAAUUCUGAGAAAGGAAAUUAAGUAUAAGCAUUUUUGCAAACACAAAGGAGUAAUUGCUAUUGCUGGUCAGAAGCAGAAGCAAAAGAUUCACAUGAGAACAUUUUAUUGGACAACAAAUGUGGAUAUACCCCUGAGUGCAAGAUGAGUCAUCAAUAUUUUUGGCCUGUUUUGCUGGAAAAAUGUACACAUAUUGCAUAACUUAGCAAAAAUAUAUUUGCUACUUGUUUAUUUUGUCAACUUCUGGAAAUACACUUGUAUAGAGAUGACCUCAAAGCUUAAAGACAUGUUAUCACAAA